CAGAGCUGCAGUCGAGUCCUGUUUGUCUCUAAAAGAAGAUUCACCGGAGUCUAUCAGGUUUCUCUCAGCAACAGUGAGUGCAGACAUGUCUGCUGCCAGCAACCUGCGAUCUGAAGAUCAGUUUCUGUGCUGCAUCUGUCUGGAUGUGUUCACUGAUCCAGUCUCUACACCAUGUGGACACAACUUCUGCAAAACCUGCAUCAGUCAGCACUGGGACAUGAAUCAGAGCUGUCAGUGUCCCAUGUGUAAAGAAACUUUCAAAACUAGACCUCAGCUGAGGGUCAACACUUUUAUCUCUGAGAUUGUUGCUCAGUUCAGAAGUGAAGCUCAGCAGAAAGCCAGCAGCAGCAGCUCAGAGCAACAAGCUGCCAAACCAGGAGAAGUUCCCUGUGACGUCUGCACUGGAACCAGACUGAAGGCCCUGAAGUCCUGCCUGGUGUGUCAGACCUCCUACUGUCAGACUCACCUGGAGCCUCAUCUGACAGUGAAAGGUCUGAAAAGACAUCAGCUGAUUGAUGCUGUGGAGAACCUGGAAGGCAGGAUGUGUACGAAGCACGAUAAACCUCUGGAGCUGUUCUGUAAGACCGACCAGACAUGUGUCUGCACGCUCUGUCCUGUUUUAGAUCACAAGAACCACGAGUUUGUUCCUCUGAGAGAAGAAUAUGAAGGAAAGAAGGCAGAGCUGGAGAAGACAGAGGCUGAGAUUCAGCAGAUGAUCCAGAAGAGACGACUGAAGAUUCAGGAGAUCACAGAGUCAGUGAAGAUGAGUAAAGAUGCUGCAGACAGACAGAAAGCAGAAGGUGUUCAGGUCUUCACUGCUAUCAAGAAGUCUGUUAAGAGACACCUGAAGGUGUUCAUAAAGGAGAUCGAAGACAAACAGGAAACUACAGAGAAACAGGCUGAGGGUCUCAUCAAAGAUCUGGAACAGGAAAUCUCUGAGCUGAUGAAGAGAAGCUCUGAGGUGGAGCGGCUCUCACGCUCUGAAGACCACCUCCACCUCCUCCAAAGCUUCUCCUCCCUGAAAGCUGCUCCACUCACCAAGGACUGGACAGAGGUCAGAGUCAAUCCACCAUCAUAUGAGGGGACUGUGGGGAGAGCUGUGGCUCAGCUGGAGGAGACACUCUGGAAAGACAUGAAGAAGAAGCUGUUUGAGGCUGAGCUGAAGAAGGUCCAGCAGUAUGAGGUGGAUGUGACUCUGGAUCCUGAUACAGCUCAUCCUGAUCUCAUCCUGUCUGACGAUGGAAAACAAGUCUAUGAUAGUGAUAUGAGGAAGAAUCUUCCAGACAACCCAGAGAGAUUUUCUUACUGUCCCUUUGUUUUAGGAGAGCAGAGUUUCUCUUCAGGCAGAUUUUACUUUGAGGUUCAGGUUAAAGGAAACACUGAGUGGGAUUUAGGGGUGGCCAGAGAGUCGAUCAACAGGAAGGGAAACAUCACACUGAGACCUCAGGAUGGUUUCUGGGCUGUAGUGCUGAGAAAUGGAAAUGAUUACAGUGCUUGUGCAGGUCCUUCAGUCCCCCUCUGUCUUCAGUCUGGUCCUGAGCAGGUGGGGGUGUUUGUGGAUUAUGAGGAGGGUCUGGUCUCCUUUUAUGAUGUAGGUGCUGCAGCUCUGAUCUACUCCUUUACUGGCUGCUCCUUCACUCACAAACUGCUCCCAUUCUUUGGUCCCUGUAAUAGUGGUAAAAACUCUGCACCUCUUAUCAUCUGUCCUGCCAAUCAAACUGAGUAGAUCAAUGACUGAUUUUAUUUGAUUAACUGAUUGAUUUUUCCAUGUUCUCCACCUGGAGGUGUGGAGGAGAAAGGAGCAGGUGGAGCACAGACUGCUGUAUCCUUCCAGUCACAUCAUUUUGAUGUGAUAAUUAUGUUUCCAUAUUCUGAUGAUUUGGUUUAAAGAUAAACAGAGUUGGGGAAUGGCUGCAAUCACAGCAUGAAUAACAUGGUGAAGGAUAACCUGUCAUUAAAAAUAGUUUGCACAUGUGCAGAGGAGGGAGGGUGAACAUGUUGGAUAAAGGAUGAUGAAGAUGGAGCUGCCAGGCAGGGGAAGAGGAGGAAGACUCUGAGGAGGCUCAGGUGCAGAGGGUUGGUGUGACAGAGGAGGAUGCUGGGAUUGGAGGAGGUGGAGACAGAUGAUCUACUGUGGAGAUCUCUAAAGGAAGCAGCCAGAAGAAUCAAUUAGAAGAAGCAUAAAUUAGCAUCACAGGUCUUUGUUGAAAAGGACAUUGUUAAUCCCAUUGAGACUUUCACCUGGAUAAAUAAAGGA